CAUCUAAAUAUGAACAAUACGAUGAAUAUUAAAUCCGUAAAGCACUUUUAAACCCGGAAAUAAUUUAAAAAUAUCAUCCUGACUAAUCAUACUUUUAUAUAGUAAUUUUAUGUGUUUUUUAUUGAACAUAAAUUUUCUUCAAUUUGACUCCAGACAAUAAAAUAAUUGUGAUUUUACCCAUAAUUUCAAAUGAAAUUCAAUAAAUGUUAAGUCAUAAAGAUUGGCGUAAAAAUGCAAAAAAAAUGCAACGCAAAAGGCGAAGAUGCUUGUAUGCAAUCAAAAGGAAUGAACAAAAACAACAACAAUCGCUAACAUAUCAAGUUAAUGAAGUGGUAAAAUUUGUUCAACUUCAGAAAAUUGAACGGAUGAAUGAAAUAGAACACGAAAAAUGGGUUGAAUCUGAGAUAAGAAUAGAAAAAGAAUGGCAAGUCAAGAAACGUAGAUUAGACGAAAUUGCUGAAAUGAAAGAAGUUGAACGUAAAAAAAUGCUAGACGAAUAUAAAUCCGAACAAAAACUAAUCGCACAAGCUAAAGAGAAGAAAGAGCGUCUACUUGAAGAAAAGACACGGCGUCAACUUGAUUUGAAAAUUCGAAUCCGUGCUUAUAUUGAGGGCAUGGAUGAUGAACCACCACUCGAACUAUUAGAUACAGCCGAAACAAACCCUGGCAAAGAGUUGUGUCAUUUUUUUUUGAAAACAGCAUCAUGCCGUUUCGGAAACCAGUGUUUAAGGAAUCAUAAACGACCGAAAAUUAGCAAAACACUUCUCAUAGAGUCAUUUUUUACAAAUAUUUAUUUUGAACAAACUGCACCUACUGAAUAUGGUAACGACAUCACACUUGAAUGCGAUGACAAUGAAAUCUACGAAUUAUAUAAGGAGUUUUUCAUUGACGUUCUACCUGAAUUCGAGAAUUUCGGUAGUAUUAAAUAUUUUGUAGUGUGUUCCAAUUACCAGCCACAUCUUCGUGGCUCUGUUUUGAUUGAGUACAUUCAUGAUAGAGAUGCCUUAAGAGCUCAACAGUUUAUGAAUGGUAGAUAUUAUGCCGGUCGGAUGUUGAACAUUGAAUUUCGUAAGAUCUUAUGGUGGUCAGCGAUAUGUGGCUUGUCAAUGAAGAAUGUCUGCCAAAAAGGACGUAACUGCAGCUUCCUUCAUACUUUCAAAAAUCCUGGAGGUCGAUAUUUAAUCAGCGAAGCAGAUUUGAAGCCACCCAACGCAUCCAGAAGUCAUCGAAGCAUAUCGGUCCGCGAUGAUGAUAAUGACAGUUGGAAUUUCAAUGAUGAACAAACCAAGAGAAAUUGGAGGUGGUCUGAAAGUCCUACCAGAGAGUAAUCCACGUGUGAAUAAAAUCACCAUUGUCUGUGAACUGUGAAUAUAAACCUUAUAUAUACAUUUGUAUAUUCAAAACGUUGCAGAAAUUCUCUCCUUUUUACUUUGAGUUCAUACUGACGCAAUGAAGCAACGUU